AUGAUUUUCCCCGGACGACGGAAAGGGUCUUCUGACGUCCUGCUCUCUCUAUUUGCUUUCCUUCUCAUCUGCUCGACGGCGUCAGCGGCUUCUGCUGUCCUGGGAGUCGACCUCGGCACCAGCUAUCUAAAGGCUGCGAUCGCCAAACCUGGCAGCCCAAUUGACAUUGUCUUAACGAAGGAUUCUAAGCGAAAAGAAGCAGCGACACUUGCAUUCAAACCCUCUCGUGCGCAGGCGAAAGAUGGAGACGCAUUCCCCGAGCGACUGUACGGUGGUGACGCCCUAGCUCUUGCCGCAAGAUUCCCUGCAGAUGUUUUCCCCAAUCUCAAGCCACUGCUUGGAGUUGCCUACGAAUCAGACUUCGUUACAACAUAUGCCUCUCGAUAUCCAAGUCUAGGUCUCGAACCUGUGCAACGCGCGGACUCCGGAAGCAAAGAGGCGACCGUAGGGAUCAAAAGCAAGAAUGUUGGCGAUAAGAGGGAUGUCUUCCUGGUUGAAGAACUACUUGCUAUGGAGUUCAAGAACAUCAAAGCCAACGCAGAAGCCGCAGUCGAGAAAGGGAUACUCGUCAGCGAUGCUGUCAUUACGUAUCCAGCAUUCUAUACUGCGCAAGAGAAGCGGGCAAUCGAGCUUGCUGCAGAGCUGGCCGGUCUCAGAGUCCUAGGUCUCGUGAGCGAUGGGACCGCGGUCGGCCUCAAUUAUGCCACCACUCGGACCUUCGAUAGUGUCUCUGAUGGAGGGAAGCCUGAAUAUCAUCUGGUUUACGAUAUGGGUGCCGGUUCUACUACUGCGACAGUUCUCAAGUUCCAGGGUCGAACCAUUAAGGGCCCAGCAAAGCGCAACCAGACCGUUCAGGAAGUCGUUACGCUAGGAACUGCCUUCGAUGCGACACUCGGUGGAGAUUCGCUCAACGAUGUUAUUGUCGAGGACAUGAUCAGCGAAUUUGUCCAGCAGAAGCGGCUGAAGGCUCUAAAUGUCCAACCUAAUGAUAUCAAAGGCCACGGAAAGUCGAUGGCUCGUAUCUGGAAAGAGGCCGAGCGUUUACGUCAGGUUUUGAGCGCCAAUUCUGCCACGCAUGCCUCGCUUGAAGGUCUCUACGAUGAAGACGCCAACGUCAAGUACAGCUUGACGAGGGAUCGCUUCGAAGAACUUACUAACGCCUACGCCGCACGAGUCAAAGGUCCAUUAGUCGCUGCACUCGAGGCUGCUGGUGUGACUCUUGAAGAGCUAGACUCUGUCAUUCUUCAUGGUGGUGCAGUGCGUACUCCAUUUGUGCAAAAGCACCUUGAAUUGGCUGCUGGCGGCUCCAAGAAGAUCAAGACCAAUGUCAAUGCUGAUGAGGCGGCUGUUCUGGGCGCUGCCUUUCGGGCCGCGUCUCUCAGCACAAGCUUCCGCGUCAAGGACAUCCGGGCUCACGAUAUCUCGGGCUCCUCCGUUACUCUAAAGUGGGUCUCCGAUGGAAAGGACCGUCAGCAGAAACUGUUUACUCCUCUAUCUCAGAUCGGCGCAGAGAAGCAAGUGCCCCUGAAGGUACUCGAAGAUGUCAAAUUCGAGUUUCUCGAGGGCAGAGAUACCGAUGUAAUAGUUUCGGAAGUCGAAGCCAACAACGUCACCAAAUCUGUUGCACAACUGAAAGAGAAAUAUGGAUGCAUACCGGCAAAUAUCAGCACCGUCUUCAAUGUGCGCUUAAGCCCGCUGGAUGGCAUUGCAGAGAUUGUAUCUGGGACUGUCAGCUGCAAGUCCGAGCACGGAAAGGAGGGAGGCGUGCUGGAUAACGUCAAGGGUCUAUUCGGAUUCGGGAGUAAGAAAGAUGAGGAUCAGAAGCCUUUGAUCGACAAUGAUGCCGAGGGCGCCGACCCUGCCGAAAUGACUCCAGAGCCUGUAUCCGAUCCUACUAGCUCGGGAUCAACCAUGUCCGCUGCUUCGCCAUCCGAAGCAGGUGAGUCUGCUUCAGAUUCGUCUUCGCGGUCGGCGACUUCAGCGAAUGCUGCCAAGACCACCCCAACCGAAGUUGUGAUUCCACUCAUGCUGAAGUCUCGCCCAAUUGGCCUCAACAGACCACCAGAGGGAAUGUUGCAACGAAUCCGUGAACGACUGAUGGACUUUGACGCUUCCGAUCGCACCGUGGUUCUCAGGUCUGAAGCACUUAACACGCUAGAAGCCUUCACCUACCGCGCCAGAGAUUAUCUGGAAGACAAGUAUUUUAUUGCCGUAUCGAGCGACGAAGCGCGGCAGGAGCUUUCCGAACAGCUUUCCGCUGUUUCUGAGUGGCUGUAUGGUGAUGGCAGUGAUGCUAAAUUGCAAGAUCUCAAGGACAAACUGAAGGGGCUCCGCAAGCUAGUGGACCCGGUGCUCAAGCGCAAGGAAGAGAACAGCAAGCGCGAUGAGGCGGUAAGGGCGCUCGAGGAAGGCUUGCAGAGCAUAAAAGGCACGAUCGAGAUGGUCGAGAACAGCAUAAAGAAGGCAGCAGAAGAUGCCGCCUCGAGUGCUAGCUCGGUUGCGGCGGCUGUCACUGAAAGCACCGCCGCGACCAGCACCAGCACUGAUCAAGCAUCCAGUGGCGACGGCCUUGACGAUGAUCCGUACAGCUCCACUGCAUCUGCAGAGGAGCCAUCUGAGACCGAGGCGGACAUGCCUAUCUUCCAGCCAUACCAGUACACUGAGGAAGACCUUUCGUCGCUGACGUCCACGCGAGACAUCGUUCAAAAGUGGCUCGAUGACAAGUUGGCUGCGCAGAACAAACUUGGACCUUAUGACGACCCUGCAGUACUUGUGGCGGAGCUUGAAUCCCGGGCGAAGCAGCUGCAGAACGAAGCGACGAGCGCCAUCAUGAAGACCAUUCGCAUGCAGGACAUGCCAAAGAAGAACAAGGGUGGCAAGAAGACCAAAUCGAAAAAUAAAAAGCCGGUGAAGGCGACCAAGAGCAGCACAGCGUCCGAGUCGUCGUCGACUAGCAAGAGCGUCAAAGACGAACUGUAG